AUUGUAAAUGUGUUGUGUGCAAAUCAGAUACAAAAAUUCCCAAUUUUAGUAACUGUAUCUGUAUCUGUGUUAGUAUUUCCAGACGUCCUAACUACAUAACUACAUACAGUCAAGUCAAGUCAGUUCAUUGUAUUAUUUAUAAACUAAAAACUCACAAGUUUUGUAAACUAAAAUUAUAAUAAUAGUCUUUUAGAACAUUGAACAGGAACAUCGUUGGGCGUUGUUCAAAUUGUACUUAACUUAAUCAAGUUGUUACUUUGACCAUAUUAAGUGUUUUAAGUCAGGCAUGAUUUUAUCGUUUUAAAAUAAAAUUAAGUAAAACGUAACUUAAAUCAAGUGUAAUUCAUUAAUAAUUACAAUGGCUGAUCAAACUGGAAUGUCUGAUGCGUGUAAAAAAAUGGUAUCAAUAUUAAAAGGAGCACAAACUGAUACUGAAAAAUUUGCUGCAUUGUUUAUGGUGACAAAAUUAGUGAAAGGCAAAGAUUGUAAUUCUGUUGCUAGAAAGGCUAUCUUUGAAGCGAUUGGAUUCAAGUUUUUAAAACGUUUAUUGUUAACAAGUGAUGUGCCAGUCGAUUGUCCACCAGUUGUCUACAAAUCAGUGGCCUUAUCGAUUCUGACAACGUUCUGCAACGAUCCUGAUGUGGUCGUCCAUCCAGAAAUGUUAGAAAAUAUUCCAGUAUUCUUGGAUAUUGUCUCACAAGCUGACAACCAAGAUUACGACGAUAAUUUAAUUGUGGUUGGUGAAGCGUAUGCUUGCUUACAAAACAUUGCAGCCUACGAACCAGGCCAAAAAGCUCUACUUGAAGUGGGCGCCAUCACUAAAAUGUCUGAAAUCUAUGCUCAACAAAGUUUUCAAACGGAUGAAGCGUUAAAUUUAUUAGUGAAACUUGUUACGAAAUUUGGAGCGAAUGCGUGGGACGACAAUCCUAAACCAUUUCAUGCGUUAAUCAAUAAAAUCGCAUUGGAUUUUGAAACUGAUCAUUCUGAGCGAAAAUUUGAAUUGGCAACCAUUUUAAAUUCACUUUUAUUUAAUUGUCGACGAAAAUUAAUUGCAAGCACUAGUUCAGACGAAACAUGGCCGAUUAGUUUGUUCAAAGGAUUAAAUUCUAUUUUGGGCAGUCGAAUUGGGAAGAACCAACGAAAUCCUGCAUUAAUUUUAACUGCAACCAUUAUCGAUUUGCUUGGAAUCGAAUGGACGCUCCAAGACGAAGAGAAACCGAAAACGUUCUUUUUAUUAUUAUUACAAUUGUCUGCGAUAGAAGUGCGAAUGUUGGAUGCGAGCAGUUUUAAACAAGCGUUUGGACAAGCUGAGCUACUGACAGCUUGUUUUAUCAUUCUAGAAGCGUCCAUCGUUUACAUUGCUCUAGAUCAGUUGGACUUGGAGCAGAAGGAAAAACAAUCGAUUUACACUGGAUUCAAAGGUGCAUUCACGGCCCUCAUUAACAUUUUAACAAAACUUCAAGUUGACAAGAAUCGGGAUGCUUUACCGUUGGAAGAGAAAAUCUUUGUAUAUGCAAUGGUGCGCGUUCUAGCUGCAUGGUUAGCCCAAGAAACCUCAGCAUUACGGGCGCAAGUUUACAAGUUGCUACCAUUUUUAUUGAGCUUAGCCAAUGAAAGUUUUUAUACGUAUCGUGCUCAAAAAUUGGAUGAAAAAAAGGCUGAAAAAUGUGUGGAAAACAACUCUCAGUCCCAAUCCCAAUCCAAUCCUGGUGUGGAUGUGCUUCGAGUCAUGUUACCUGCUUUGUGCCAUCUAACUGUUGAAGAUGAGGCUCGUAAAAUUUUAUUGGAUGCGAAAGAGGAUGAAGUUUUAUACGAAUGCUUAGAUUUCCAUUGGUCCAUUGUGAAUUGGAAACGACCUCCAGUGCCCAAGUCUGAACGCGCCAAAUUAAAACUUUUACCAGCACCGGUGCCCACAGCCGCUGAACUCGAGGACAUGAAAGACUCACGUGCAGCCAUGAUCAGCAUCUGUAACGUGUUCAUGAACAUCACCGUCUUGGAAGCUAAAUAUGUGGAGACGAGUCUUCUGUUCAGCACACUCUUACGUUUUAUCUUCAAUAAUUUGCCAGAAUUAAAAGACACACCUGAUAAUCUAGUCUUGCAUGGCAACUUGGCCGUAUUAGGUUUAUUAUUGCUUAAGCAACAAUCAAAGUCCGUGCGUAAAAAUGACUUUUCUAUUUGUCGUUAUAUUCAAGCAACAAUACGAUUCCUGUGGGAUGCGUACAUUGUUGAUGAAUCAAAUGAUCCCACUGCUUUAGUGGUUGCUAUGGCCUACAAAGAGAAUUGGUCCGAUUUAAUGGAAUUAUGGUUCUUAGGGAUGCAAACAAUGAGUGGCGUUAUUGCACAAAUACCUUGGUUGUCCGAGUUCUGUAUCGAGAGUGGUUGGUGUGAGGGUAUCAUUGAUACCUUGAAGAAAGUUAAGUUGGGUUCGUUACAACCGAAUGUUAAACUAGCGUACGAAGACUUCUUAUGUCAAUUGGUUGAUGCUAACGAAGCGGUCAUUGCAGUGCUAAAGAAAUGUGACGCAUUGAAAGUCUGUCGUAAUCAUCGAUUUAUGGAUUUGGGCAAGAAAUUAUUUGGCGAUUAAAUAUCAAUCAAUAUUUUUAAUUUUAGAAUUAGUUAAAUGAAAUAUUACGAAAUGAAUAUAAUUUAAAUUUGGAUGAAGCAAAUAAAACUUGUACAACAUAUUUAAAAUUAUUUAGACAAUGUCCAGAUAAUGAAAUCAAUCCAAUUGA